AUGCCUGAAGUCAUGAUAGGAGGUAUACCUGUAGAUUUUCCAUUUGAACCUUAUGAUGUACAAAAAGCAUAUAUGGAAAAAGUAGUGGAGAGUCUUCAAAACAACACACAUGCUUUGCUCGAGUCACCUACAGGAACAGGAAAAACUUUGAGUUUAUUAUGUUCAACAUUGGCAUGGUUGCUGGUGAAGAAAGCCCAGUUGCAAAUGAACGCACAGGUAGGAGUUUUUUCUGAACAUGCAAGCGGAUCUUUACGUGAUUCACUAAAAUCAGGAGCCGGCAAAGGGAAGGGCAAUAUUUCCUGGGGUAUGCCUAAAAUAAUUUAUUCUUCAAGAACACAUUCUCAGCUCACCCAGGCUAUGCAAGAGUUAAAAAGAACAAGCUAUAGACAUGUCAGGGCAACUGUUUUAGGCUCCAGAGAUCAAAUGUGUAUUCAUCCAGAAGUUUCAAAAGAAAGUAAUAAUAUGAAUAAAAUAAAUAUGUGUCAGCUCAAGGUAAAAUCUAAAACUUGUUACUUUUAUAACAAUGUUGAUACCAAAAAAGAUGACAGAUCUGUUAAAGGAAAUGAAAUAUUAGACAUUGAAGAUUUAGUUACUGUAGGUAAAAAGCUCAAGUGCUGCCCAUAUUAUUUAUCAAAAGAAUUGAAACAAGAUGCUGAUAUUAUUUUUAUGCCUUAUAAUUACCUAUUAGAUCCAAAGUCGAGAAAAGCGAAUGGUGUAGAUUUAAUGAAUAAUGUAGUAAUACUCGACGAAGCACAUAAUGUUGAGAAAAUGUGUGAGGAGUCUGCCUCCCUCCAAAUAAGAAGUACAGAUAUUGCAAUAUGUAUUGAAGAAAUAACUUAUGUAAUGAGGUCUUUUAGUGAAAACAGUGAAGAACAGCUGGAUUCUACUUUGGAUAAUAGUCAACCAAAAGAUUUUACUUGUGAUGACUUAUGUGUUUUAAAAGAAAUAAUGUUGGCAUUAGAAAAAGCUGUUGAUGAAAUAAAAGUAAGCAGUGAGGGUGCUACUUUCCCUGGGGGAUUUAUAUUUGAACUGCUUUCACAGGCUGAAAUAAGAGAUCAUAACCAGAUGGCUAUUAUAACAUUAAUGAGUAAUCUUAUAACAUAUUUAUCUACAGCUAGUGCAUCUCCUUUUCAGCGUAAAGGUGUGGGAUUACAGAAAAUUGUUGAUUUACUCAAUGUUGUGUUUAGUGGUACAACUCAUACUUAUAAGGAACGAGUGAAAAUGUGCUAUAAAGUUCAUGUACACUUAGAGGAUAAGAAAGUCAAAAAGAACUCUGAUGGUUGGGGUGCUCUCAAAGCUGUAAGUUCAAAAUCUGCAGAAAGGGUUCUUAGCUAUUGGUGUUUUAGCCCAGGGUUUGGUAUGAAACAACUUUUGGACCAACAAGUCAAAACUAUUAUAUUAACCAGUGGCACAUUAGCUCCAUUAAAGCCACUUAUAUCAGAACUUGGUAUUCCAAUUGAUGUGCAAUUAGAAAAUCCACAUAUUGUUAAGGGUAACCAGAUAUGUGUAAAAAUAAUAAGCCAAGGUCCAGAUAAUACACCAUUGAAUUCUAACUAUCAAAAUAGAGAUAAUCCAGUAUACAUUUCAUCAUUAGGCAGAACUAUAUUAAGUUUUUGCAGGGUUGUUCCUGAUGGACUAUUAGUGUUUUUUCCAUCAUAUCCUAUAAUGAAUAAGUGCCAAGAAGCAUGGCAGGCAGAUGGCAUUUGGUCUAAUAUAAGUAAUAUCAAACCAAUAUUUGUGGAACCACAGAGAAAAGACACGUUUAAUUCUAUAAUAAAUGAUUUUUAUAGUAAAAUUUGUGAUCCAAGUACCAAAGGUGCUUGUUUUAUGGCAGUAUGCAGAGGAAAAGUUUCAGAAGGUUUAGAUUUUGCUGAUAUGAAUGGUAGAGCUGUGAUUAUUACCGGUUUGCCGUUUCCACCUUUGAAAGAUCCAAGAAUAGUUUUAAAAAAGAAAUACUUAGAGGAGCUGAGAGUAAACAAUAAGGAGCUCUUGGCUGGAGAUGAAUGGUACUCAUUAGAAGCUACAAGAGCGGUUAAUCAAGCUAUAGGAAGAGUUAUCAGACAUAAAAAUGACUAUGGAGCAAUACUUCUUUGCGAUAGUAGAUUCAAUAGUCCUAAAUUGAAAUCUCAAUUAUCUGCAUGGUUGAGAGAUCACAUUAAUGUUUCUACUAGAUUUGGAGAGACAGUCAGUGAAAUAUGUAGAUUCUUUAAGUCUGCUGAAGCAUCCUUGCCUUCCCCAAAACUUAAACCAUUACUUCCUUAUGAAUCUAAUAAUUCUGUAAAAGAUCAUGAGCUUAACAAAAUAGGGGGAGUGUCAUUUCCUAUAACUAGUACAAGACUUAUAAACAAGACUGCAACUCAAAGAUCUGUUAGCCAGUAUCCAAAUUCUAAUGAGGUUUAUGCUGACUUCUCAAUGGAUUUUUAUAAGAAUGUUCAGUCCUCAAGCUAUGUUAAUGAAUUUAAACCAAAACAAGCAAAGGACCUUUUUAAUGUUUUAGAUAACAGUAAAGAUUUAACACAAGAUAUAACUCAGUCUUUAGUGUCAAUACAUAAGAGAGAAGCAGAGGCAACUGUUACUUCUGUAGCCAAGAGAAAAAAGUUGAAAAUUAAACCAUUUGGUUUUGAAGAAACAUUGAAAACUGAAGAAAAACCAAGUAGUAUACCUGAUAAAGUUGCUCCAGUUUCUCUUGUAGAUUUUGUAAAGGAAAUUAAAGUAUUGUUACUGCCUGAUCAGUAUAAGCAGUUUCAAACCUCAAUAUCAUGUUACAGGAAAGAUGGAGAUUAUCAAAUUUUUAUACAAUCUCUGAAGGGUUUAUUAGAGAAUAAGAAAACAUUAUAUUUAUUUAAAGGCAUGAAAAGGUUUUUAAAAGAAGAACACAAGCAAUGUUUUCAGGAAUACUGUGAUAAUAUUUCAUUUGAUAGUUAA